CGCCCAAGUCUCACAUCGUAAAGCAAGUAAAGUGACGACGUGAAGCAAAAGUGGUCUUCUGGUCUCACAGAUUUGAUUUAACUAACAACCCUUCAGUUCCUCUCGGUCUUUCGUGUCAUGUGAAACGCUGUUGCGGAUGCUGUCUCAUUGUUGUCUCGAGAAAUCGACAAGCUCCAAUUUGUUCGUCGUCUCAACUUUUGCUGAUCGGAUUUUAAUGUUUUGGUCCAGCGUGAUUAUCUGAACGAAAAUUGAACUUGAAUUUGUGAGUGGAAUGCUGACUUUUUGUUGGAGGGUGUGAUCCAAGUUUUGCUUCCAGAAUUUGGAAAUUUUCAUAAAAACGAAGGACUUUGUAAACGCGGAUGCUGGAAUCCCCGAUCCAUAAGAUGGACGGGCUAUCCUCCAAACUAACCGAUGACCCAUCAUCCUCAUCCCCACAAUCGAGAUUAAAGAAUGACUCUUCAAGCAACGAAUUUGAUUCUCAUCCCGUAAAAAUGCAAUCCUCCUCCUCCCACCGUCCACUCCGAUCCGGAGAUAGAAAAUCUCUCUUUCUAAGCAAAAUAGCAGCAAGUUUGUGCCUAGUCUUGUGUUCAAUGUCAAUGCUUUCUCCAGUCUCGGGAGCCUCUAAUUCUAAAAGUAGUAGUUCUAAGGGUGAAAGGCGUGUAGUUUGCUACUAUACGAAUUGGUCAGCGUAUCGACAAGGACCAGCAAAAUUCCUACCGGACAACAUCAACCCGUAUCUCUGCACCCAUUUGGUCUACGCUUUUGGAGGACUCACCUCAGAUUCUGGAAUUAAACCGUUUGACAAGUAUCAGGACAUUGACAAAGGUGGGUACACAAAGUUCAAUGGAUUGAAGACCUACAACAAAGCGCUCAAAACCAUGAUUGCUAUCGGAGGAUGGAAUGAGGGCUCCCGUCGCUUCUCAAACUUGGUGGCUGACACUGAAAGUCGCAAGAAUUUUAUUAAACAUGCCGUCAGAUUUUUAAGGCAGUACCAGUUCGACGGAUUGGACUUGGAUUGGGAAUACCCGGCAUCCAGAGAAGGCGGAGUUCCCGAGGAUAAAAAGAAUUACGCCCAAUUCAUUAAGGAACUUCGAGAAGCUUUUGAAGAAGAGAGCAAAUCUACUGGACGGGCUCGAUUACUUCUCACCGUUGCAGUUCCAGCCGGUAUCGAGUGGAUUCAGAAGGGUUUCGACAUCCCUACAAUCAACAAAAACAUUGAUUUCUUCAACCUGUUGACGUACGAUUAUCACGCGUCCACCGAACCAAAUGCUAAUCAUCACGCUCCACUGAAGGCUCGGAAUGGAAUUUCAGAGUAUGACUGGAAAGGACAGCUAAAUAUUGAAUAUACAAUCAAUCACUACUUGAAGGAAGGUGCUGACCCCGACAAGUUGGUCGUAGGUCUUCCAACUUAUGGCAGGUCGUACAACCUUUUCAACGUGGAAAGUUACGAUGUCGACGCUCCAUCCUCGGGUCCUGGAACGAAAGGGAAAUAUACCAAGGAACCCGGUUACUUGGCGUAUUAUGAGAUUUGUGAAGGAGUCAAGUCUGGGGAGUGGCGAGUGGAGAAUGCUGACAGUGAUACGCAAGGACCCCACGCCGUGAAGAAUGACCAAUGGGUCGGAUAUGAUGACACUCGGAUGAUGGCUAUUAAAUCGAAAUGGGUGAAAGAUAACGGUCUCGGAGGUAUCAUGUUCUGGUCCGUGGAUAACGACGACUUUCGAGGAAUCUGCCACGGAAAACCGUUCCCCCUCAUUGAAUCGGCUAAAUUGGCCUACUUAACUGGAGACGUCCCUGCCCUCGCUUCCUCUUCUGCCAAUCGCCCCACGACCAAAUUAAAUCGUCCAUCUCUCAACAAAAACAACCGGUUCUCCACUUCCCUGAGCAAUAGAAAAGUGACCACGCCUGCACCUCCGAAAACCACGACGGGUGCUCCCACAAAAUCUCGGAGAAAUAAGAAUCGUCGGAAUAAAAACAAGAAAAAUAAGACGACCACCACGGAACUUACGACCACGACAACAACUCCGGCUCCACCAACGACGACGUCCAACCCCUUGAGCACUCCGGAACCACCAACCACACCCGAUCCAGGAGUAGACUUUGAAUGCAAGGAUGACGGAUUCUUCCCACAUCCGAGGGAAUGCAAAAAGUACUUUUGGUGUCUGGAGGCCCCCGGUCUUGGACUCGUCGCACAUCAUUUCACUUGUCCUGCGGGUCUCUUUUUCAACAAAAAUACAGACUCGUGUGAUUACGCGAGAAAUGUGGCUUGCAAGGAUAAAAGCGCUGCCGCUGCUGCGACAACCACGACGACAACGACGACAACAACAACUGCUAAACCAACCACAACUACGCGUCCCACGACGACUACCACCACCACCGAAGCACCUGAAGAUGAGGAGUAUGACGAUGAGGAUUACGAAGAAGAAGAGGAAGAACCUGCAGUGAAAACUAAAGCGGAAACCUCAUCCAAAGGAAAGCAAGACGUCGACAAUGGGCGAUCCGUUAAAGAAAUCAACGACAUAAAAGACUUGUUGAAACUCAUUCGAAAAUUGGGUGGAGUCGAAGAGCUGGAGAAAUACUUGGACGAAAAUCCCAGCGUUGCUGCGGCCAUUGAGGAAUAUGAGGACGAAGAGGAGGAAGAAAAGCCCAAGACGUCUACCUCUUCAUCUCUCUUUACUCGAAAUCGGUUUACCCCAUCUUCAUCUUCAACCACUAACACAAGGCCCCGAUUUGGUACCAGCAGCAGUAGCUCAAACUCCAACCCGAUUGCGGCUCAAUCCCUGAAAUACACUUCAAUUCAACGCAACCGACCGAGUACCACGACGACAAACGCUCCCGACUCGUCGCCAGAAGCUGACGACGAAGACGAAGAGGAGGUGGCACCUUCCCCACCGAAAAAGAAACCCUCCUUCAACACCAACUCUAGGCCAAAGUAUGUGACACUCUCUCGCAACAGUAAACAACAGACUGACUCAUCUGACAUACAAAAAAGCACUGAUGAGGUUAAGAGCACAAGCACUGAAAAGGCUUCUACUACUUCUACUACGACGACCACAUCGACUACGACGACAACCACUCCCAAAGCACCUUCCUCCACUGAAACGUCCAUCGUUGUUCGAUUUAGCCGUGACGAUGAGAAAAUUCUGGACGAAAUUUCCGGGACAAAAAAUGACACUUUGUCUUCUUCCUCUAAUGAGAACUCCUCCAAGGUGGACGAUGACGACGACAACGACGAAGACAAUACUGACUCUGACGCUGACAACGACGCUGAACGGUACGUAACAAUUAGUCGACCUUACGCUAAAGUCUCGGGGAGUAGUGUGGUUAGUACGCCUACCCCUGAAAAAAGAAGUCCAAAUACUUCGCCAUCCUCUUCUCGGCUAACUAGCAGUAGCAAUAACAGACUUAGAUACGUUCAGCUCUCUCGAACCAGGAGCACAACCUCCUCGAGCGAUGCAAAGACUGAAAAACCCGUCGAGACGAAGGCGGCGAAAGCGAAGAAAGUGGAGGAGGCUGUUGAAGAGGACGACGCUUCAGAGGAAUAUGACAGUGAAGAGGAUCCCAACGACCAAUCCAUCGUGGAACACAGCACGACGUUAACUACCCAAAAGCCUACGACCACCACGCCCAAACCUAAAUCCACGGAUACACCAGCCCCACCCACGACGAAUCCAAGGGUCCGAAUUCCUACCAGAAAAACGAACGGAUUUGCAUCCAGGACUCGAGGUACAACGACCACGAGCACUGCAGCACCUUCCACAAAAAGCAGUAGUUCAAGUACCGCUGCUACUGAUUCCUCAACUUCCGCGGAUGAUGCGAAUAGUAGAAAGGCAAAAAAUUUCUCGGUGGGAAACAGGAGAAAUUUGUUCCAAAACAGGAACAAAGGAACGACUACGACCCUCCCAGCUACCGUUUCUGAAGCCACGAGCAACGACGAAAGCAUCGCAGAUAUAGAUUUGCUCACGGGUUCGGAAAUUUCGAGACGUGUGGAUAGCAGCCAUUCUUCUGGAAAUGAGAUUCAGCGUCCGAAUAAACCGAGGUCUCGCUCAAUUGCGAGCUCCUCGUACAAAGUGGUGACCUCGACGACGCCCUCGGAUAACUAUCUCCGUUCCAGGUCACGAUCUCGAUAUCGUUCAACGACAGAGAAAUCUGUAAAGGAUUUUCCCGUCGUGACAUCGUCCACGACUCCGAUCGUUUUCAGACGUCGAGUCAAGCCCAAGACCACACCCGCCACUACGACGACUACAACCACCACCACAACAACGACGACUCGUCGCCCAACUACGCUCUCCCCGAAAACAACUACGCCAAAAGAUGAUGGCGAAGAAUCAGAUUAUUAUUAUUAUUAUUACGACGAGGAUGAAGAACCCAUCCUACCACAAGUAUUACCCACUCAAGACCUAUUUCAAAAAUCCCCCACGCAACGAACUACCGGUCUGAGGACGGAAACGUUCACCCCGUCCACCUCCACCGUCCAACUGCAUCAACAUCAACAACUCGCUGUGGGAGGAGAUCGUGGUUUUGCGAAGAGAAAUCUUGAAUCUCAACCCCCACCGGUAAUACAAGUUAAACAGUUGCACGUUAAACAGCCCAGCUUACCGACGAAACAACCCCCACAAGUUAAGCAACUGAAGUCCAUCGAGCAUCGAAAUCCGAACGUAAACCUCAACACGAACAGUUUUAAUCCAGGAUUGAUUCUCCAUGGUACGAAUAACCACAACAAAUGGAGUGACCGAGCAGUUGUGCCCUUAUCGGAGAAGAUAAAGCUGAAGGGGGACGGAUCCGUGGAAUGUUUGGACAAGGGCAUUUUCCCACAUCCCAUUAGUUGUAAGCAGUUCGUGCAUUGUGUCCCCGGAGAAGAGAACGACGGGAGUUUGAGAGCUUGGGUCUAUUCCUGUCCCAGUCUUUUGACCUUUGAUCCAGUGGGUGGUAUGUGUAAUUAUGAUGAGUUUGCGGGUCAAAGGGCGCCCGGAGGAGGUAAUGCAUGUAUCGAGUAGGUAUUAGAUAAUAAAAUUAUUUUAAUAUUGUUUGUACAUCCGUAAUUAAUUUCUUUUAAUUAUGUUUUUUCCUUUUUUAAAACUUGAAAAUCUGUGAGACGUUGUAAAUAGAAUUGUAAACACGCGUGAAUUUGUAUAGAAAAUUAGUUAAUCAUCGCACAAAACUAUUUACAUUACCGUUACAAAGAAUGGUUGCCAAAUAUUUCUCAUUUAUUUUGUACAUUAUAUAUUCUUACAUAACUAUGUGUGUCAUGUUUUGCCUAUGUAAUUGUAAAUGUAGCUUGUGAAUGAUUUAUUACUCUGAAUAAUAUGAAUACAAUAUGAAUUGAGAUUGAUUGGAUGGAUGCAAGUAUGGUGAAUUAAGGAAGUAAAUUGUAUUAUUUUCAGCGCCAGUGAGUAUCAGUAUAUCUACAUAUGUAUGUAACAUAUACAGUAUGUAACAAAAGUAUAGCUACGAUGACAUAUUUUUUAUAUCGACAUGAUGCCGUAAUAU